AAGCGAAAGAGGCCUGGAAGCAAAAGUGGGCAGGGCCCAAAAAAGAAUAGGGUAAAGUUACACAUAAGACAACAAAGGCCAACAGGCAGUCAGGAGAGAGAGGGAGAGAGAGAGAGAGAGAGAGAGAGAGAGAGAGAGAGAGAGAAACUGAAAGAUAGGCAUCUACAGAGAAAACAAGCGAGAUAAAAGAAAAAGGGAAGAUGAGUUUAGUUUCAUCUUUAUGACGUACGAUGACUGCUGGUAAAUGACGAGUGAAAGAAGGAAGGAAAGAGUUGCUGGCAGAGGAUUGUGAGGAUUAAGAGAAACAGGAGACCAGAGAGCAGAGAGAGAGAGAGCAAUAGAGAGAGAGGAGAAGAGAGAGAGAGAGAGAGAGAGAGAGGUAACUACAGGACACUGAGCAGACUGAGAAUUGCCUUUGCAUUGAGUUGUUUUAGAUGAACAUGUGAACCAAAGUUUGCAGGUAGAUCAGACUACGGACAGAGCGAGAGAGCGAGAGAGCGAGAGAGCGACAAACGUGACCAUGCUGUUGAAAGAGUACAGGAUAUGCAUGCCUCUUACUGUGGAGGAGUACAAGAUCGGGCAGCUGUACAUGAUCAGCAAGCACAGCCUCGAGCAGAGCAGCGGAGGGGAGGGGGUGGAGGUGGUCCGGAACGAGCCCGACACUCACCCCCAGUACGGACAAGGCCAAGUCACAGAGAAACGCAUUUACCUCAGCAGUAAACUGCCUUCCUGGAUGAGGAAGUUUGUGCCCAUGAUCUUCUACGUGACGGAAAAGGCCUGGAACUUCUACCCUUACACCGUCACAGAGUACUCAUGUUCCUUCGUUCCUAAGCUGCAGGUCAAGAUUGAGACGCGCUUCGAGAAUGACAACGGCAGCAACGAGAACGUGUUUGGAGACGGGCCCACUCCCCGAGACAGCGUCUGCUUCUUAGACAUACUGAGCGAUCCAAUUCCCGACAAACACUACAAAAAAACAGAGGACCUGAGCGGCUGGGUGUCCAAGAGGACGGGCCGGGGUCCCCUGGUGGACGGCUGGAGAAACAGCGCCAGGCCCAUCAUGUGCUCCUAUAAGAAAGUGCAGUGCAGCUUUGAGGUUUACGGUUUCCAGAGCAGAACAGAGGAGUUCAUCCACAGGAACAUUCGGGACGUCCUGCUGGUGGGACACAGGCAGGCAGUGGCGUGGACAGACGAGUGGCACGGGAUGAGUCUAGAGGAAGUGAGAGAGUACGAGAGGAAGCUGCAGCAGGAGACCAACAGCAAGCUGAAGAGCGACAGGACAGACUCAGGCCCAGCGCCCCUGUGCCCCUCCUUCUCCCGCUCCAUCUCUGUCACGGAUGAGUCGUCGUUGAAGAAGAUGGGCCUGAAGACAGUGUCUAUCCCAGACUGUUCAUCCUGUCCCUCCUCUUACUCGGUCCCUAUGAGAAUGAACUCUAAUCCAGAAUGACCCCCCCUUCUUCCACCGUCCUUCUGCAGGGAUUAAAGCACCUCAGUAACUGCAGCUGGACAGAACUUUCUACUUUUCAGAGAUGUUAAAGGUCACAGUUUCAAAAGGAUGUACAUCACCACUGUUAGAGUAAAAUAAACAUAAGCUACGCACAGAUUUUUUAUAGUUGCCAAAUCCACCAAGUACCUGUGGGAGGUUCCUGUCAUUUUUUUCUCUUUAGGUCAGCUGCUGAUCCAGCUACUAGUGGCAGAUAACACUAAGGGUGUUUUCUGUGCUCACCUGUCCAGUCACACCUGCUCCACAAUUAUUCAGGAAUGGAGACGAUCACGCUCAAACCCGAUCUCUCUGACUCGAUGGUUCACUCUUGUUUAGGUAAGAGACUCAAAUCGGUCAUUAAUGUGAUGAACCGGCCUGAACUGACCCUCAUGAGCUCCUCCUACUCAGUGACAUCACGUGACUGAACCACUGCAUCAUCGGCACAAACUAACGAGCAGAACGAGCUUCGCUGAGAAGAUCAUUAACUCUGAUCAGCUCUCAGCUUCGUUAUUAGAGCCAGACGGA